UUCUCUGCCAUUGCCUAUCUAUCUCUAUAAUUUCUCUUAGCUUUGGUCUUUGUCUAUGCUCUUCAUAGAGCCUUAGGCCUAUCUAGGGUUUUCUUUACCUCAUCGCCAUUUCUUCGUUGCUGCUAAGGCUUCGAGUGAAGUAGAGUUUUAGCUGUACUUCUCGUGAGGUGAAUGGAAAAGAUAUACUUUUGACACUUUUGGUUUAGGGUUUCGCGGAUUCUCCUCAAACAAGGGCGGCAUCAACGUGCAGAAAUCAUGCAGAUGAACUCGAUCAAAUCAGCGAUUCACGUUUCUAUGGUUUAUAUAGGUGACAGGAAGAUGAGAAUUAUGAGUUUGUAGGUUCUUUUUUAAAGAAGAUACGCGAAAUGCGAGCCUUUUUAUCCCAACAUCUCGACUACUGUUUUCUCAUUUCCUUCUUCUAGAAAAGGAGGGUUUCUUACUGUAUUUACAUCAAUUUUGGUUCUUAAUCGAUCGAAGUCGGUGUUUCAUCUUGAAAAGUUGUGACCUAGGCUUCGCAGCUGUGUCCAUUCCUGGAGCUUGUUUGAGUAAGAACGUGAAAAAAGGAGUCACUCCGAUCCAUGCAUGGAUGGGAGGGAGGGCAUGGGGAUGUCCGGCCCAGCUUCCUACUUUAUGCACCGAGGUAUGGGAGCUCCGGGCUCCGGUUCGCAACAGAGCUUACACGCUCCACUCUUAAUGUCGCGUUCGGUGCCCAACCCAAACCCUAGCUUUGCCGUUCAGACAUCGGCUAUUGGAGGUUCCGGAGGCUUCGGUGGUGGUGGGGCACAGGGAUCGGCUUUCCAGGCCUCAUCUCCUCCAACUAUUUCUCCUCAUGCGGUCAAUAUUGGUCCCGGUGGCAGCGGUGGCGUCGGGUUUGGACAUGGAGAGCCCGUGAAGAGGAAAAGGGGGAGACCCCGGAAAUACGGACCCGACGGAUCAGUAUCUUUGGCUCUCUCGCCCCUCUCAUCUCCGACAUCAGUUUCCGGCACAUCUGCCGGACUUUCAGGAUCGGGAACGGGGACGAUGACUCAAAAGCGAGGAAGAGGGCGGCCGCCCGGGACCGGAAGGAAGCAGCAACUGGCUUCUCUUGGCGAAUGGGUAGCUGGUUCUGCUGGAAUGGGUUUCACACCUCACAUCAUAACGAUUCCAGUUGGAGAGGAUAUUGCAUCAAAGGUAAUGUCAUUUUCACAGCAGGGGCCAAGAGCAGUCUGUAUCCUCUCGGCAAAUGGCGCUGUUUCUACAGUCACACUUCGACAACCUGCAAGUUCUGGUGGCACUGUGACUUAUGAGGGCCGAUUUGAGAUUCUUUGUUUGUCUGGUUCAUACUUGAUGACUGAUGAAGGUGGAUCUCGGGGCCGUAGUGGUGGCUUAAGUGUCUCUCUUUCAAGUCCUGAUGGAAGAGUCAUCGGGGGUGGUGUUGGUGGCCUGCUUAUAGCUGCAAGCCCUGUCCAGGUUAUAGUAGGUAGCUUUAUGUAUGGUGGGGGCAAGUCAAAGAGCAAAACUAAACUGAAUAAAGAAGCUGCAGAGGCUGCCGAGCAAGUCGAGGGAGAUAAGCAGAGCACACCAUCAAGUAAUCUGCCAAGUCAGAGUCACCCUGCCUCAAUAAUGGGAGGAUGGGCAAGCGCCAGAAAUGCUCACGUUGAUAUUGACUUAAUGCGUGGUUAAGUGGAUUUGGUUAUCUAUUGUAACUUGCCGUCUUGGUGGAAACAGAAGAUGUUUACACCUUUGGUUAUUAUUGUUGCCACCUAUAUGCAGAAACUAAGAACACUGCUUAAUCUGGCUUUGUAACAAAAUCUUUAGGUAGAAAAAAAAAUUGCAUUAUCUUAUUAUUUCCUAUUUUUCUUGGCGUUUGUUGCCAUCUAUGAAGUGAGGCUGGAUUUAGCUGCCUGUUUAAUUUGUGGAACCCUUUAAGAUUAGAUUCGGUAAUUUAUUAUCUUGCCAAUUUACAGCA